AUGAAACGAGCGGCCGACGAACAGACGCUCAAGGAGCAGCCGACGGAAGAAAGGGUCGUCCCGCCGGCCAAGCCGCUGCUGCCGGAGGAGCUGGAGCUCGUGGGCAUACACCGCGACAUCACGCAGCACCUGCUCAGCAGCGUCGCCCCGGACAACGGCUACAGCUUCGUGAAGCUCGGCCUUCCGUCGCUCGAGUACUCCCUGCCGGAAGGCGCAGACGAUGUCGACUACGACGCGCAGUACGCCAGGCUGCGCGACAUGAUCGACGUCACGCUCUUCCCGGACGAGCUGCUGCAGGCGGAGUACGUCAGCGCGGGCGCCGACAGCGCCGGGCACGAGGUCACCGACGUCAAGCAAGCCAUCAGGAAGAUCGACGAGGUCAUGGAGCGCGAGGCCAAGUACGUGGAGGAGGAGGAGGACCCCAAGGCCGCAAACGAACGACCCGACGACGCCAUGGAGGUGGACACCAGCAUGUACAACGACAACGACGACCAGCUCGUCGGCGACUACCACUACUCGUUCUGCGAGGAGGACGACGCCUUCUAG